AUGAGGUUUGGCCAAAAAGGAAAACUUAGUCCUCGAUUUAUUGGACCAUAUGAAGUACUUGAGAGUGUUGGUCCAGUUGCAUAUAAACUAGCUCUUCCACCAGAGUUAGAUAAGAUCCACAAUGUCUUCCAUGUUUCUAUGCUUAGAAGAUAUCACUCAGAUCCAUCUCCUGUUCUUCCUGUUGAAUCCAUUGAGGUCAGCCCUGACUUGACAUAUGAAGAGGAACCUAUCCAAAUCUUGGCGCAUGAAACAAAACAGCUUAGAAACAAGAAAAUCCCAUUAGUAAAAGUCCUUUGGAGAAAUCAUUCUGGCAAAGAGGCUACCUGGGAGCGAGAAGAGGAUAUGCUAAUUCAAUAUCCCUAUUUGUUUCGAGACUAG